GUAGGAGAAAGUGUUCAGGGCAAGAUACCGAUGAGAUGCCUCCGCGAAGCAAUCAUGAAGAGUAUCCGACAUGGGUCGGAUUUGUGUUCGUAUUCAAUCUCAUCGUAGGUACGGGAGCACUCGCCCUACCGUCCGCCUUCAGUCACGCAGGAUGGAUACUCGGUUCGUUGGCCAUCGUAGUGUUAGCGUUCAUGAGUUACGUUACGGUAACGUUCGUCAUCGAAACGAUGGCCUGUGCGAAUGCGGUCCACAACUGGAAGCGCUUACAGUUCAUCAAGCGGGAUCGUGUGGUCGAGCACGACGAGGACAGCAAUGUGGAAACGAUCGUAGAACCACCACCGAUGCCAACCGAUUCCGAAUCGGACAAUGAGCAGGCCAGACUGGACGAGCGAGAACAGCUAAUAACGGAUUCGAGCAUCGAGCAGAUGCCACUCAACAUUAUGUACUGCCGCAAGACAUACUACAGUCUGGCCAGCAAGAUCGAACUAGGCGAGAUGGCAAACAUGUUUUUCGGCAGCACGCAACGGUUUUUGUUCUACUUCUGUCUGGCAGUGUAUCUGUACGGUGAUCUAAGCAUCUAUUCGGCUGCCGUUGCAAAAAGCCUCCGGGACGUUGCCUGUGCCCACAAUCAUCGUGCGAAUGCAACCGACGAUGAUGACGGUACGGAGCGCUGCUGGCAGGACGGCAUACUUACCCGGCUGGAUGUGUAUCGGCUAUGUCUGGCAGGGUUUGUUACAGUGCUAGGGCCAUUUACGUUCUUUAACGUACAAAAAACCAAAUAUCUGCAGCUGCUCACCGUCCUUUUCCGUUGGCUUGCCUUCUCUGUGAUGAUUAGCAUCGCCAUCCAUCGGUUGCUCGCUCCGGUCGAUUCCACCACACUACCGAUCACACCGAAGCGGGCCGAUAUUGCCGGCAUUCCCUACCUCAUCGGUACGUGCAUUUACUCGUUCAUGUGCCAUCACUCGCUGCCGAGUUUGCUGACCCCGAUUGCCAACAAGGGUCGCCUAAAGGCGCUCCUUUCGCUCGAUUACGGACUAAUCAGUGCAUUCUAUCUGGCACUCGCCCUAACCGGAAUCUUUGCAUUCGCGGACAUUAAGGACCUGUACACGCUUAACUUUGUCCCAAGUGCAAACCAGACGAACGGUGUGCUGAAAGCUGUCGAGUACUUCCUGGCACUGUUUCCCGUGUUUACGCUUUCCGCCAGCUUCCCGAUCGUGGCCAUUACGCUGCGCAACAAUUUGCAAACGCUCUUCCUCGAUACCGCCCAGCUGGAGACGUACAAUUUCUUCCUUCGGCGCAUGUUCUUCCCACUGCUCGCCAUACUUCCACCCCUGAUCGUGUGCUACUUCACCGAGAGCGUUAGCAAUCUGGUUGGCUUUACCGGAUGUUACGCCGGCACUGGCAUACAGUAUCUUAUUCCGAUUGCGCUCGUACUUUCUGCACGGCGCACGUGUGACAGUAUGAUUGGAAGGGGGAUUAUAAACGAAUUUCGCAGCCCAUUCAAGGGAACCGUGUGGCCAAUGAUAGUGUUCGGUUGGACCGUUGCCUGUCUGGUGCUGGUGACUAUCGAUCUGGCCAUCUGAAAGUGGCCGUACACUUCCUUUUUAAA